AUGCCCAGGAGACACCAUCGAGAGCAAAUUUUGGAAGUGACAAAGACAGUGACAGUGACAGAAAUCGUCAAUCAUGGAGCUGGCAAACAUCCAAGAGCUUGUGAAGUGACAAUCACAAACUUGGAAUCGGAUACUUCUCACCCAGUUUCGGUAAAAAUCUCCCAUAUGCAUGAAGGAAAACGUCUUGACCAUAACGAAGCCGGUACCCAAACCCCCAAGAUACAAGUCGAUGAAGACACCUGGGAUGCCGUCCGAACCCCAGCCAAUGGGACCACGAAAAUUGUACAAGAGCAGGAGUCUAGAGUAGAGCGAAUAAGACGAAUAAACCCCCCAGUAACGACCACUUUUAACCUUGCAUCAGACAACAUCAUAGAUCUUCACUUCACUCAACCUGUUCUGAUCGAAAAAGCCGAUAAACAGACCAAGUCAUCGACGGCAGCAGCCCGACAUACUGCUACAGCUGAUGAUAAAACCAUGUAUAAGACUGGCCCAGUGCAAAAACUCUAUUAUCAGACUUUUUCCGGAUCCGACGGUCUACUAGAAGAAACUGGUGUUACUAAAGCUACUAUUUCCUCUCCAUCUCCUACUGCUGCUGCUUCUGCUACUUCAGUCAGAACUGCUGGCCAGUCUACUGCUGCGUUACCGAGAAGUUCUGUGCUGGACGAAACUGAUGUUAGUGUUUUUUAUACGAUUGUUCCUGCUAUAAUUUUUGAUGAAAUUCCAAAACGCCGUUAA